GUAGGCCUGAGUGUGUCGAAAGAGUCUGUACCGCACGGAUACAUGAGUCUGCCCUCACCUAAUGUUCAGUCAGAGGGCUCGGAUGCAAACCCUGUAUUCAAGAAGCUAUCAGCUCUGGGACGCAGAGUCGAUGGCGUGGAGAGUGAGCGCGAAGACGAGACUAUUCACGACGAGCCGCCGGCCUCUGCUCUACACCGGAGACGAGCUCUCGUGCCGCCGAAGCUCAUCACCGAUGGCUACGAGAGCGCCACCGAUGACCUGGAGGCCAAUCACCCGACUAACUUGGAGAACCGGUCAGCCAUAAGAACCGCCGCCGAAGCUCUAUUGUAGUGAUACCUCCGAUGCAGAUCUGCCCGGGCGAUUUAUUGGUUUAUAGUAAAGUAUUGACGCAAAGGAACAACUUAUUGGGUGA